UAGUAGUUGAAGCAGUGGUAGUCGGAUCCCAUACGACGACGACGACGACGACCUCCUCGAAUUCUCGGCUUCUUGUUUCUCUUGCGCGAUGGGAUCCAAGGCCUGGCUCGUGCCGGCGCCCAAGUACGAGCCGGCGCCGGGGACCUGGGCCAACGAUGCCGACGCCCCCGGCUUCCGCUGUGCCCACACCCUCACUGCCGUCGCCCCUACCAAGUCUCAUGGCCCUCGUCUCAUCCUCUUCGGUGGCGCCACCGCCAUCGAGGGUGGAGGCCUUGUCCCUGGAAUCAGGCUCGCUGGGGUGACGAAUUCGGUCCACUCGUAUGAUGUGCGCAGUGGGAUAUGGACCAAGAUCCAACCAGCUGGGGAGCCUCCUUCUCCGAGGGCUGCCCAUGCUGCAGCAGCAGUUGGCACUAUGGUAGUUUUCCAGGGUGGCAUUGGUCCUGCCGGGCAUUCCACUGAUGACCUCUAUGUCCUUGACUUGACAAAUGAUAAAUACAAGUGGCACAGGUUGGUGGUACAAGGGGCCGGUCCAGGACCUCGUUAUGGGCAUGCCAUGGAUUUGGUUGCACAGAGGUUUCUUGUUACAGUGAGUGGGAAUGAUGGGAAGAGGGUUCUCUCUGAUGCUUGGGCUUUGGAUACUGCACAGAAACCAUAUAGAUGGCAGAAACUCAACCCUGAAGGCGACAAACCAUCUGCUAGAAUGUAUGCUACUGCUAGUGCUCGCUCAGAUGGCAUGCUUUUGCUGUGUGGGGGAAGAGAUCAUUCUGGGGUGCCGCUUUCAGAUGCUUAUGGGCUGCUUAUGCAUACAAAUGGCCAGUGGGAGUGGAAUCUGGCUCCUGGGGUGUCUCCAUCACCAAGGUAUCAACAUGAAGCGGUGUUCGUCGGGGCUCGAUUGCAUGUUACUGGAGGCGUCCUUAAAGGGGGGCGGGCCGUUGAAGGUGAAGGCGCCAUAGCAGUUCUGGACACUGCUGCUGGUGUGUGGUUGGAUAGAAACGGUAUUGUUACAUCAACUCGUGUUAACAAAUCUGCAUCUGAUCUUGACCCUUCUCUGGAGCUUCUACGCCGGUGCCGUCAUGGUUCAGCAUCAGUGGGAACUCAAAUAUUCAUUUUUGGUGGUCUAAAAGGAGAUGUAUUACUUGAUGAUCUUCUUGUUGCUGAAAAUUCUCCUUUUUCAUCUGAAAUCACUUCAAACAUGUAUAGUAUUCCAUCCGUAACAAAUCAGGAUAAGAAUAAUAGUUCGUCUCCUGUGCGUAGUGGAUUGAAUCCAGCCUCUGAUGGUUUGAGUUUUUUCAGCAUGGAUCAGAAAUCAAUUGAUACAUUGGUUGCGGCUUCUGCUGCUGAAGCUGAGGCUGUUAGUGCUGCCUGGCUAGCUGCAAAAGAGGCAUCAUCAGUUUCUUCGGACAGUGACCUUUCAGAUAGAAAUGGUCCUCUUCCUGAUGCUGAAGAUAAGUCACAAGUCAUGGAUGCCUCCUCAGAUGAUGGUCUUGCUGGUCCUCUUCAACCUGAUGUCCGGCUGCACCCUCGGGCUGUUGUGAUAGCUAAAGAGGCUGUUGGCAACUUGGGUGGAUUGGUGCGACAACUUUCCUUGGAUCACUUUGAAAAUGAGAGCAGGAGAAUGUAUCCUUCAAAUGCUGACCAGGCCUAUUCCAAUAAGCGGGCUUUGAACAGGCAGAAGUCUCCACUGGGUUUGCAUAAAAAAAUUAUUUCCUUACUGCUCAGGCCGAGGAAUUGGAAAGCUCCUGCUAAUAGAAACUUCUUUCUCGACUCAUAUGAAGUUGGUGAACUUUGCUAUGCUGCUGAGCAGAUAUUCAUGCAGGAACCCACUGUUCUUCAGUUGAAAGCACCAGUUAAAGUAUUUGGUGAUCUACAUGGGCAGUUUGGUGAUCUUAUGCGAUUAUUUGAUGAAUAUGGUUUCCCCUCAACUGCCGGAGAUAUCACGUAUAUAGACUAUCUGUUUUUGGGAGAUUAUGUCGACAGAGGGCAGCAUAGUUUGGAGACUAUUACAUUGCUUCUUGCUCUUAAGAUCGAGUAUCCAGAGAAUAUCCACUUGAUUCGAGGAAACCAUGAGGCUGCUGACAUUAAUGCUCUCUUCGGUUUUCGUCUUGAAUGCAUUGAGAGAAUGGGUGAAAAUGAUGGAAUAUGGGCAUGGACUCGAUUCAAUCAGCUCUUCAAUACCCUGCCCCUUGCUGCUCUUAUAGAAAAAAAAAUUAUAUGCAUGCAUGGUGGCAUUGGGAGGUCUAUAAAUUCUGUAGAGCAAAUAGAGAAACUUGAAAGGCCUAUCACCAUGGAUGUUGGGUCCAUUGUACUAAUGGACCUCCUAUGGUCAGACCCUACGGAGAAUGAUAGUGUUGAGGGUUUAAGACCAAAUGCCAGGGGUCCUGGCCUGGUCACAUUUGGGCCGGACCGGGUCUCUGACUUCUGCAAAAGAAACAAAUUACAACUCAUUAUAAGAGCUCAUGAAUGUGUGAUGGAUGGAUUUGAACGGUUUGCUCAUGGGCAGCUGAUCACCGUCUUUUCAGCAACCAACUAUUGUGGUACUGCAAACAACGCUGGGGCAAUUCUUGUGAUUGGCAGGGGAUUAGUUGUGGUCCCAAAAUUGAUUCAUCCACUGCCACCACCCCUUAAUUCACCCGAGUCAUCCCCUGAGCAUGUUUUGGAAGAUACAUGGAUGCAGGAGCUCAACAUUCAAAGGCCACCAACACCGACUCGAGGCCGUCCACAAUCAGCAAGUGACCGAAGUUCUCUGGCUUACAUAUAGUCUGCAAGCGCGAAAGUGUUUCUAUGUUUUCCCAAGAAUACCUGCUAACCGAAAUCAAGCAUGCGAUCCUCCCUUCGCCAGAGUGAAUGAACGAAUACUCAUAGCAUAGCAAUUACCCACAAUAAGCAGGAUGGGGAUCAACAUCAUGUGGAAUCUCUCUUUCCAUUAUGUAUACUAUUUAAAUUUUUGUGUUGUCUGUGUUAGUGCUUUGAAGCCUGGAUGUAUAUUCAGUGUACAUGAUUUUUUAUUGUAUUUAGUUGUUUAACAUUGAGCUUAGACACAGAGAGAGAGAGAGAGAGAGAGAGAGAGAGAGAGAGAGAGAGAGAGAGUGGUAGAUCCUUGUAAAUUAUCACAACUGUUACAUUGGCUGUUGUGAAAACAAAAGAAAAAGGCAUAAUAUGGAAGAAGCCCUAAAUUCAUUUAGA